UGCUGCUCGGUUGAUCGCUCAUUGUGAAACUCGCCGCAGUGUCGACAAUUACUUGCGGGGUUGUUACGUAGGAGGUGGUAUCAAAAUCAAAAAAGUUCCGAGACUAGGCGCAUAUAAAGGUCACAGUUUACCGGAGAGGAACAUGUGGAAUUGUGAGAGCAGCUGGCUUGUCAUGGUCUUCAUUAACUCUGCCGUAUCCUUGCCUCUCGGGGAAACCAUCGUCUACCCGAAGUUCAUUGAAAGCAGAAGUACAAGUGGACAAAAAAUAUUGAAAAUAACUGACGACCUUGUUCUCGCACUGGAACACAGACCUGCCUUCGAGGACCAGUUCACCGUGACGACCGUCGACGAGGAUGGAACAGAAAUCCACUCUAUCGAACGAGGGCGUGACUACAACGAGGAAUUUUUCGUAGAUCGGACACAACAAGCAUCUGUACGAAUAUCACAGGAUAACGGCCUGGAAGUUCACGGCAUCAUAGGCGAAGCUGUCCGCAUCGAGCCCAUAUCUGUGAGGUCAAGGUCCUCCAGAGGACAAGUGGCGCAUCUGUUGAUUCAUGAAAGGCUAAAAGACAUGCCACGUCACCUUAACUACGCUGACACGCCUCCACUGAACACGACUAUCGAAUCACCUGCAUCCACCGAAAAUCUCAUUAACACGUCUCUAUCGAACACUACUAUCGAAAAAUCAUCUACAUCCACCGAAAAUCUCACUGACACGUCUCUACUGAACACGACUAUCGAAUCACCUGCAUCCACCGAAGAUCUCAACAAACAAAGUGACGAAAAUAUAAGCCCAGAAAUUCAUCUAGUCAUCGACUCAGCACUUUAUCGAGGAUUUCAUAACAGCACGACGAAAAUAUUCCAGUAUUAUGGAGUCGUUCUCAACGCGGUCAACCUGAGGUUGGAGACCAUCACGUUACUUCAAGUGGAAGCCAGGAUCACGGGAUUCACUAUCCAUACAGACUUCACCGAACCUUACUUCGACUAUCGACGUUACGACGAGACAACUUUCAUCUCUGACCUGGGCACGCUGCAGCGGUUCAACCAAUACUACAAGAUAAACAGGACCGAUGCCUACAAUAGUUCCGAUGUCAUUUUCCUGAUCACUGGGCAAGACGUUGCUUUUAUCCACGAAAACAUUUUAUUCAAACAUGCUGAAGGAGCCACAUACGUCGGGAGUGCCUGUGGAAACAACAAAGUUGGAUUCUGCGAAGACACAGCAGGGUCGUUCGAUGUGGUUCACAGGUUAUCGCACGAAAUGGGACACAGCCUGGGAUGCACGCACGAUGGAGCUGUCUCUGCCACGAAUAUUCCCAACCAUCCCAACGCGACAUCCUGCAAAUGGGCGUCCGGUUUUCUUAUGACCUACGUUCAAGAGGGCCUUAAUCAGUAUAGAUUCUCCAACUGCUGCGCAAACCAGAUGCUUUACGUAUCGAGACUGCCAAGAUACCAAUGCCUCAAAGACCACACAGAAGCAUCAACAACAAUCGCAUCGCCUAAGGUACUUCCAGGAAGUAAUACCAGCCUUGACGAGCAAUGUCGUCAUCGACACUCGAAAUCCCACUAUGACACGUACCGAGCCCUAACCGGUUGCCAGCUGGCGUGCGUCAUACCGGCAGAUGAGUGGAAUGAUCGUUACUAUACAUGGAUUCGUGCUCUGGAUGGUACACCAUGCGAUUCAAACAAUACAUCUAUGGUGUGCAUCAGAGGAGAAUGCGUCAGCGGACCAGAUUACCCCUACAACUCGGAGGUCAUACCACCGUUCCGUUCAACAACACCAAGACCGCCGAUAACUAUUAGGACAACUACUAUGGCAACCAAAACUAACACUGCAAAAAAGAGCUGGUUCCAGAGAGCUAUAGACUGGUGUAAGAGAACGUUUGGAAAAAGUGUCUAUGGCGUACCAUUGACGCCACGGCAGAGGAUAUUCUCAUUAACCCAUGGUUCUAGUGGAAGUAAAAGCAGUUAACCUGAGUCAGUGAAGCGCUUGCGUUGCGCACAGAUUGCAAUAUCAUAUCUUUAUUAUGCAUGUGGUGUACUAUACGACGAAAGCAAAAGCCGAAGCUCUAUGGCUGCACAUGAUACUCCAGUGUCUGAAAUCUAUCAGGAGUUAUUAUGCCUGUGGUAUGCUGACAUCAUUCUCUAAAAAAUA